CCACGUGCAUGGCACGGGCUUCCUGCUAGGAUGGUUGUAGCGUUGCAGAUCACCGGCUCGAUCAUCUGCUCUGCAAAGCAAUGCAAGAGGGAACUAAAAUGACCGCCACGGACCCGCCGGUGGACCACCUCAGCUCGACCGGGGAUGUCGACGAUCUCAUCAGCUAUCUACCGCUCCGCCUCAUCAAAUCUGAGACUGUACCUCCGGCGCCGAACUGUGGCGUCGCCGCCAUGGACUGGCUGCCAGACUAUGCCGGUUACGCAUGGAUCGCUUACGGAGCCUCCUCUUGUCUCGUGAUCUCUCACUUCCCUUCUCCUCUCUCCUCUCACGAAAUCGUCAUCGGCCCAAUUUCCCGUCAGGUUUUUGAGCUCUCUGCGGCCGUCGACGCCGUGGCUUGGUCCCCGGUCUGGCCUUCAUUCGGGGACCUUGCUGCUGCAUCAGAGAAUUGUAUAUGCCUGUUUACCAAUGACUCGAGCAAUUCGCAUGGUUCUUUUUGUUGGAGGCAGACUACAGCACUUGCUCAGUCUACCAAGGUUGAGGCUAUAACAUGGACGGGCUCUGGGGAUGGGAUAAUUGCAGGUGGUAUCGAGGUGGUGCUAUGGAAGAACAAUAGCCGGUCAUGGGAAAUAGUUUGGAAGUAUAGAGCUGGGAAGCCUCAAAUUCUGGUUUCUGCAACUUGGUCUAUCGAAGGACCCCUGGCAACUGCUGCUUAUGCGAGUAAGUUGCCUUGUGAAGAGUUAUCUCCACAGACUAGCAAGGCAAUUAAAUGUGUUUUUGUUUCUCACAGUGAUGGAAAUUCUGAAUAUCUGAAUGCUGAGCUGCGCCAUCCUCAACCAGUCUCAUUGAUUCGGUGGAGGCCAUCAACAGGAAGACAGUCAACUAGUGAAGCAAGACAUUCAGCUAGGUACAUGCUGCUAACAUGCUGCUUCGAUGGGGCUGUAAGGCUAUGGAGUGAGAUUGACAAUGGAAAGAUCAGGAAGAUGAGCAAGGAUGUCAAUGUUCAGAAGACUGCGAGGCUAUCUUUCUGCGUUGUUGCUGUAAUUGAGAUCAACCACACCUUGAAUGGAACUCUGGGAACAAACAUAUACAUUACAUGGGCAACAGAAAUUCAGGGUAUAAUCAAUACUGAUAUGGAAGCAAACCAAAAUUUCAUGACCGAGGGUCAUGAGCUUGAUAACUCUGGUAAAUGUGAGUGGAUAAUUGGGUUUGGUCCUGGAAUGAUGCUUAGUUUCUGGGCUGUUCAUUGUCUUGAUGACAUGUCCCCGAUGAGGUUCCCACGAGUGACUUUUUGGAAGCAACAGAAACUACAAGAUCACGUGGCAGGUUCUCAAAGGGCUGGAAAUUCAAAUAUUACAGAACGAUUCCUUCUAAAUAAAGUUGCUAUAAUUAGGAAGCAAUUAUUUGGUCCACCUAUUUUAUGCUCUUUGAUUCAGUUAUUGCCUUGUAAUUCAUUGGAUUGGUCAUUGUUAUAUACUCAAACAUCAAAUAUUAUAGUGGAUGGACCUUCAACUAAAUCCAGGACAGAGGAUUUCUUGCCUUGCUGUGUUAGUGAGAUUUUGAAUGUUGAUGGUCAUGCUGGAUGUAUUUUACAAGUUGGGGUGCAUCCUUGUAGCUUUGAAGUUGAGGUUGCUGCAUCUUUGGAUUCUAAGGGGGUGGUUUUAUUUUGGUCACUUUCUACUAAUUCAUUUCACAAUUUUGGCCUGCCAACAUUAUAUCCUACAUGGAAAUUUUGUGGAAAACUGUUAGCUGAAGAUACAUGUUCCAAGUAUACAAGCUUGAGGUGGGCACCUUUAGUAUUAGAAGAUUACCUGGUUCUUCUCAUGGGGCAUGUUGGAGGAAUUGAUUGUGUUAUGGUUAAAAUUCCUCAAGGUAAAGAAAAAGAAAUAGUGUGUCACAACUUGUGCACUAUAACUUUUACAAGUCACGUUCCUUGCAAUGAUAGUCCUGUGGAUAUCUUCUCAAUUCCGUUUCCUUCUUCUUGUAACAAAACUUGUAAAUCUUUUCAAUUUUUGCUUUUGGCGGUAUGGAUGAAGGACUUUCAUGCCUUAUCAUGGAAAAUCACUUUGCAUUCUUCUGAUUUAUCUGAGAGCUGCCCCAAAUGUAGUUUUGAUUCUAUGGAUACGUCCAAAUGCGGGCUGCAGAGAUUUGAAAGUACUUUUUAUGGUAAAAGAUAUUGCAUUGUUGUUGAUCCCCCUUGCUCCUUGCAGCUGCCAGAUGCUCACAAUGGAGAUCAGGUUACAAGUUUUGCUGUGAUCUGUCCUGAUAAUUUAAUUUCUUCUGCAGAACAGAAGUGCUUCUAUGCAAAUGAUCUAUGCAGCAAUUAUUCGCCAUACCACAUGGCUAUGGGCUGCUCUGAUGGUAGUUUGAAAUUGUGGAGAAGUAAUCCUGACAAGCCAAUGGCCCCAAAUUUGUGUUGGGAGCUUGUUGGUGCGCUUUCCAGGCAUCAAGGCCCCAUUAGUGCUGUUUCUUUGACAAGCUGUGGCAGGAAGAUUGCAACUGUCUGCCCAGCAGCCCAUUCAAAUGCUGUAAGCACUCUUCAUUUAUGGGGCUCCGUACACCUUGCAGGUUCUGGGAGUUUUAUAUUAGAAGAUUCAUUUUCCCUAGAUGGAAAUGUUGUUUCCUUAAAUUGGUUAGCUUUAGGAAAUGGUCAAUUACUACUUGGAGUUUGCAUGCAAAAUGAGUUGCGGAUAUAUGCUCAGAGGCGUUGUGGCAGUCAAACUUUACGAAAAUAUGGACCGUCUUGGGAAAUGCAUGUUUGGUCUUGCAUUGCAGUUACUCAUCAUACUUCCACUCCUAUGCGUGGCUUCCUUUGGGGCCCAAGGGCCACUGCUGUCAUCAUUCACAAUAAUUAUUUUUCUCUAUUUGGUCAGUUGUUGUUCUUUAUGGAUAGGAAAGAUCAGGUGAAGUGCCAUCCUGCAUGCAUAAAAAAUACUCCUCAUGAUCCCAAGGAUGGAACAGACAGAGACCGUGUCUCUGCAAUUUUCUCUGAUGGUGACAUUCAUAAAUUUGAAAAAUUAUCCAUGGUAGACAACGGCAGAGAGUGCAAGUCUGGGCUUGAUGCUAAGGUUAAAAUAACAAAUGAUCAAUCCUGCACUAACUUUGCAGCAAGUUCUCCUAUGAAAUUUGAUUCAGGUACCAAGCCUGGAUUCUGUAGCAUGCUAGAAAUAGAAGAGAAGUUGUGUGGAUCUCUGCCUGUAUAUCACCCCACAGUUCUCCUGAUGAAUAUAUAUUCAGGCAAUUGGAAACGCGCUUAUAUAGCUGUUCGGCAUCUUGUUGAAUACCUUACUUCUAAUUAUGCUUCCGGGAUAAGAGAUAGCACUGGAAAAUUUAGCUAUAUUCCACAGAUUCACUUGUCGAAUUAUUUAGAUGGUCCUGUCUCAAAAAAUUCAGUUGAAGGUGAAUUUCAAUUGAGCGAAUCCCCUAGUUUGCUCAUGUCUCCACAGUUUCAGAGAGGUUCAACCCAAUUUGGAUACAAUUCGGAAUCUGAUGCUUCCAAUCAUAUUUUGACUUCUUCUUUGGCAAAAUCUGAACUUAGUUCUUUUGUUGAAACACUUGAGAAGUUGUAUGACAUAGCGGCUAUAACCAACAUGGAGAAGAUGGAAAUUAUUGCAAUUGUAGAUCUUCUCAAAGAAAUAAGCAAUCCACACUCAAAUUCGGCUUAUGGAAGUCUUGAUGAACCCGGGCGAAGGUUUUGGGUUGCCAUUAGGUUUCAGCAACUAUAUUUUCAUAGAAAAUUUGGUAGACUGGCAUCAAUGGAGGAAUUGAUUGUUGACUCAGAACUGAUUGGAUGGGUCUUUCACUCUGAUUACCAAGAAAUUUUAUUUGGUUCUUUCUUGCCUAAUGAACCUUCUUGGCAAGAAAUGCGGACAUUGGGUGUUGGAUUUUGGUUUACUAAUGCAGCUCAAUUGCGCACAAGGAUGGAGAAACUGGCAAGAUCGCAAUAUUUGAAGAACAAGGAUCCUAAAUCUUGUGCACUUCUAUAUGUAGCAUUAAAUAGGAUUCAAGUUUUGGCUGGCCUUUUUAAAAUCAGCAAGGAUGAAAAGGACAAGCCCUUGGUGGCAUUUCUUUCACGAAAUUUUCAGGAAGAGAAAAAUAAAGCUGCUGCUUUGAAGAAUGCUUAUGUUUUGAUGGGGAGACAUCAGCUGGAGCUGGCUAUUGCUUUUUUUCUGCUUGGAGGUGAUACUUCUUCUGCAGUUAAUGUUUGUGCAAGAAACCUUGGGGAUGAGCAACUUGCUCUUGUAAUUUGUCGUCUUGUUGAGGGGCAUGGUGGACCUUUAGAGCAUCAUCUGAUAUCAAAGUUUAUACUGCCAUCUGCAAUGAAGAGAGGCGACAGCUGGCUUGCAAGCCUUAUGGAGUGGUUGUUGGGGAAUUACUCUCAAUCAUUUCUGAGCAUGCUUGCUUUCCAAACAGACUCUGUUUUCAAUAAGUCAGCCUUGAUGUCCAAUCAUGCUGCUUUUUUAGACCCGAGUAUUGGUCAGUAUUGCUUGACGCUGACAUCCAAAACUAGCAUGAGGAAUGCUGUAGGGGAGCAAAAUGCUGCAAUUUUGAGUAGUUGGGCAAAUUUGAUGACGGCUACUGCAUUAAACAGAUGUGGCCUUCCACUUGAAGCCUUGGAGUGCCUUUCAUCUUCUCCUAGCAUUGUUGGGAUUACAGAUAUAACAGAUAAAGGAAGCACAUCAUACAUUGGAAACUCUGAAAUUCUGAGCACCAUACUGAAGCCGAUGCCUAAUCUUUCCUCUAACUGGCUCUUUGGUGAUGUGGCAUUGACUUUGGAGUCCCAUGUUAAAUUAGAUUUAGCAAUGAAAUACUUGUCUAAAUUGAUUAAGGAGCAUCCAAGCUGGCUGGCCACCAAUAUGGAAUCUUUUGGGGCAAUGACAUGCUUGAAGGAGCAAAAGAUUGAUCAGUACAGGGUGGCACUUGAGAAUUUUCAAUAUAAGUUACACACACAGGUUGCAACUUUUGAGCAGAAGUUUUCUUUGAUUCCUGCCUCUUUAAUGAACUUGAUUUUAGUCUCAUCAAGUAAUAGUGGGUUAUUGUUCAUUGGGUAUGAUAUGUUACACCGAUAUACUUCUCAAGAUCAGUCACAAGAUAAAAGCCAUACUAUUAACAGUUCCCAUUCAUGUCCUAUUUUGCCCAAGAUACUUUUGAAGUCUGCUGAGGAAAUCUCCUGUUUAUUAGCUCGAUUUAUUGUUGUAUGUAGCAUCUCUUGCUCUCAACCAGAGUCAAGUUCCAUUGAUAACAAUUUAUCUGGUGGAAUCAAGCAAGAUUCGUCAGAGGCUUGGCAUUAUUACAUACGGGGUCUUAUCUUGUUACUGAAGAGAUUAAGAAGCAGCCUAGAGAUAUUUUCUGGCUCCUGUACUGAAGAUAUAAUGAUAAAGCCCUUUACUGCUCUCGAUUUAUUUGAAUAUUUUGUAGAUUUUGCAUUUUCUUGGUUCCAAAGAACUUCAAAAGGUCUCAUUUUGAUGGUGCAACCCCUUUUGAUCACAUGUACUGAUGGGCUUACUCCUUAUGAAAUUGAUGUGGCAAAUCUGAAAAGAUUGCUUCAUCAGGCUGCAGAGUUGCUUGCUAACAAUUUGUUGACUGACAAUGUAGGCGAUGGAAUUCAAGUUUCUAGAUUGAUGCAACAUGAACAGUGUGGAGAUAUAAUGUCUUCAUUACCAGAAGAUGAAAGAUGGAAAAUAAUAGGGACUUUUUUAUGGCGAUAUAUGUUUGGUUUCAUGAAACAUCAGUCAUAUGUAGUGUUCGAUAAACUUGGAGAAGGAUAUUAUUCUGGAAUUUCUUGGGACAUUGUUUCUCCAUGGGUGUUGAGUUUUGGAAGCUCUGAACCUGAUGGCAACAGCAUAAAUAAUCAGAUCAAGCUAGUCUCAGUGAUCUUGGUUAAAAUACUAGAGACCACACUAGCGCAUGUAUCUUCUCAUUGGACUAAACAGUUUGCAUUGUACCUGUGGCAGAAAGUGGAGGAUGGAUUGCAUGUAGCAACUCUUGCCUGGUUACAGCAAUCCCCCCAGUCUCAACCAAGAAGUCUACAUAAGCAUCUGAAACACGUUAGUGUUGAUUUGGGCAUGACAAAUGAAAACAUUAAUUUGCCAUACGCUGAAAUAUUAUGGGAUAUUUGUGCUGAUCCAAAAAUAAUAUCUGAUUGUUUUGCUCAAGAAAAAAUAAGUUGGUCACAAUAUAUCAAACAGAAGCCCUUUAAAAAAUGGAGCAACUUUUAUGAAGGCAUGAACGGGGAGUUUGAAACUGAAGAAGUUUAUAAUCAAGAUGGCAGGCUUAGGGGUAAUUAUGCCAGUAGUGGAGCAGGAUCCACUGUUAGGGGUCUUUUGGGGAAUGGCCAUACUUUACUAAGUUCUGGGCUGAAAGAUUCAACCUCCAAACAGUAUAUUCAGUCUUUUCAAAAUCCUAAAGAUAUUUAUAAGAGAAAUGGAGAACUCUUGGAGGCAUUAUGCAUCAAUUCCAUUGAUAAACAUCAAGCUGCACUUGCUGGCAACAAGAAGGGGAUAAUUUUCUUCAAUUGGGAAGAUGCACUACCUUUCAGAGAUCUCCCUGACUAUAUCUGGUCAGAAGCAGAUUGGCCAAAAAAUGGGUGGGCUGGGUCUGAAUCUACCCCUGUUCCUACAUGUGUUUCUCCAGGGAUUGGUCUUGGAAGCAAAAAGGGGGCGCACCUUGGGUUGGGUGGAGCAACAAUUGGCAUGGGUUCUUUUGCAAGACCUGUGAAAGACUUAACAGGUGGUGGAGCAUUUGGAAUUCCAGGUUAUGCUGGUAUCGGUGCUUCUGGUUUGGGUUGGGAGAUUCAGGAGGAAUUUGAGGAGUUCAUUGAUCCACCAGCUACAGUGGAAAAUAUAAAUACGAGGGCUUUCUCCAGUCACCCAUCUAGGCCUUUCUUCUUGGUUGGUUCUAGUAAUACACACAUUUACUUGUGGGAGUUUGGUAAAGACAAAGCUACUGCAACUUAUGGAGUGCUGCCUGCUGCAAAUGUUCCUCCACCAUAUGCACUGGCAUCAAUAGCAGCUUUGCAGUUUGACCACUUUGGACACAGAUUUGCUACCGCUGCAUCAGAUGGAACUGUAUGCACGUGGCAGCUUGAGGUGGGGGGAAGGAGCAACAUCCGCCCAACAGAAUCAUCUCUUUGUUUUAACAGCCAUGCAUCGGACAUCACUUACGUUACUUCAAGUGGAUCUAUUAUUGCUGUGGCUGGAUGUAGCUCCACUGGUGUAAAUGUGGUUAUAUGGGAUACACUGGCUCCACAUGCUACCUCUCGAGCCUCAAUUGUUUGUCAUGAAGGUGGUGCUCGCUCCCUUGCCGUGUUUGAUAAUGACAUUGGAAGUGGUUCUAUUUCUCCCCUCAUUGUGACUGGUGGAAAAGGUGGUGAUAUUGGACUUCAUGACUUCCGGUACAUAGCAACUGGAAGGACCAAAAGGCACAGGCGCCUGAAUAAUGGUGAACUAAAUGUCAAUGCAUCUGCAACAACGGCUGACAUGCCAACUGGAAUGCUUAGCAAAUCUGGUUAUCAGAAUGCACAAGGGAUGCUUUGGUACAUACCAAAGGCACACUUAGGGAGUGUCACCAAAAUAUCUACCAUACCAAAUACCAGCUUAUUCUUAACAGGAAGUAAGGAUGGAGACGUUAAACUUUGGGAUGCCAAAAGUGCAAAGUUGGUAUUUCAUUGGUCAAAAUUGCAUGAAAGGCACACGUUUUUGCAACCAAGCUCUCGGGGUUUCGGUGGAGUUGUUCGCGCUGCUGUUACCGAUAUACAAGUUGUUUCUCAUGGUUUUCUUACAUGUGGUGGGGAUGGCUCUGUAAAGCUGGUUCAGCUCAAGGAUUAUCUGCAGGGAACAUGAAUGAAUUCAGAUCCAUAUGCACCUGAGCUACCUUGGAACUUUUCUAGCGGAGCCUGAAAUGCAGAAACUUUAAAUUUUGAGAAAGAGCAUUUGCUAGCGUAAUCCGGAGGCAGAAAAUAACUCCCUUCAUGGUCUUGAAUUGAACCAUGUUACAUAUCCCAGCCAUUGGUCAGGGCCGGCAAUGAGAAGCCAAGUUGGUUGGCCUAGCUGCACAUUUCUUCCUCUAUGCUGCAGUGAGCUCGGUAUAUUCAAUUGGAAGUGAUGUUACCCAAUGUUCAGUAUACAAGAAUGGAAUAGAUUGAGAACGGAAGAAAAUGAGAAAUUAUAUGACGAAAAUGUAAAAUUAUAAAGACCAAUUCCAUUCUCGCAUAUCAUAUAACUUAUUAGAUCCAAUCCAAAAGAAAAGAUUAUAUGGUUUUUGACUCGUCAUGUUCUUUGCCUUACGAAAUCCCAGUGUCUUAUGAAGUCUCAAAUUCUUAUUUGAUGUAAAUUGUAGCAUACAUUAGGUCACACUGUAUAUAUAACCAUUUAACCUUGUGGCCCCCUUUCUGUUAUACAUCGAAGUUCUUUUGCAA